GUAUCCUUGUCUCACAGUCCUGCAGUUUCUGUCCUGCAGAAACACACUUAUUGCGCGCUGAAGACUCAGUCACGCACAUUUAAAAAAAAUGAAGUCCAUGUUUUUCUUCUUUUUCAUCAUUUGGUUUGCAGAUGCAGAGCUAAAACCCCGGAAAGGGUCCGGGGUGGUAUGUAGUUUCAAAGACAAGACAUACAGCCCAGGAGACAGCUGGCAUCCCUACCUAGAGCCCUUCGGAUUCAUGUUCUGUAUGCGCUGUGUCUGCACGGAGACAGGUCAUGUGAAAUGUAACACAAUCAAGUGUCCUGCUCUGCCAUGUCAACACCCAGUAGCUGAGCCUCAGCAGUGUUGUCCAAGAUGCACAGAUGAGCCCAGGAUCCCUGCAGGGCUGCGAGCUUCAGUGAAAUCCUGCAGGUAUAAUGGAAGUAUUUAUCAGCCAGGGGAGACCUUCACAAAGCUCGACCUCUUCCCCUCCAAGCAAAGCAAUCAAUGUGUUAUGUGCACAUGCUCUAAUGGAAAUAUUUUCUGCGCUCUGAAAACAUGCCAACCAAUCACCUGUUCCUCACCAGUCUCUGUCCCAGAUACCUGCUGUUUGGUGUGUAAAGAUCAUGGCACCAGUGGCUCCUCAUCAACUGAGGAUGGAAACCAGCAACUAAACAGAGGCGUUAGGCAUUCAGUCGACCAGUGUUCUGGAGAGCAGAGCAGGGCGCGGUCCGACCGUGCCACUACACCCAGAGACAGGACUUCUCCCAGAUGCCUGAGCCUCAGUAAACUUAACCUCAAAGGGGCUUCAGAGACCACCGUGAAGAUUUUGUUGCAGAGGAAACACCAAAGAGCGUGCUUAUACAAUGGCAAGACGUACUCUCAUGGAGACAUUUGGCACCCAGUUUUGGGGAAGGUCCUGGAGUGCAUCCUGUGCACUUGUACUGAUGGCCUCCAGGACUGCAAGCGCAUCACGUGUCCCAGCCAGUACCCAUGCCCACAUCCUAUGAAAUCAGCAGGAAAGUGCUGCAAGACUUGUGCAGAAAGUAAAGCUGAACGUAACCAGACCCAGUGUUAUCUCGGAUAUAAAAAUAACCUCUUGGUGUAUAAAGUAGACUCAUCUUUGAAAGUUGACUCACCCAGCACAGUUAGGAUCAUUGCUGUUGAAAGACAAAGUACGGCUGAGGUUGAAGUGCAAGUAUGGAAGACUGUCGAAGGUGUGUUACAAUUAAUGGAAAUUGGUGACGUUCAAAGAAAAGACAUUGUGGAUCAUCCAGAAAAUUACACAUUACUUACGACACUUGAUGAAGAGACAUGGAGAAAAUUUAAAGAGGAGAGAGAAAAUCUGAGCACAGCUCCUCAGACCACACUUUGUGAAGACGGCAUACGAGAGAUGGUGACUUUUCUAAAUCCCAAGCAGAUAGAAGACCUGUGUUCACCCUGAUGGCUUUUGCUCCCAUGACACUAUAACGAUAUUCCCAAUAACAUACAGUACAUACUUUAUUCAUACAUGUUGCACUUGGGUGUCCUGUGUCAUUCCUGUAAUGCAAGUGGAAUUACUCAUUUAUAAUAUUGUUUAUUGACUGAUACAUUGUUGUCUGUCAUGUUUUAAUCAUCACAUAUUUUUAUGUAAUUCAUUAAGUUACAAAACACAGGCUAUAACAGUGUUUGAUAACUGUCAUUUCAACCUCAGUAUCCAGUUAUUCAUUUGGGGAUUGAAACCUUGUUGACUCAGUAAUGAUAAUAUGUGCAUCUAUUUCUCAAACACACCAUUUGCUUUAACCAUAUGAAAAUAAUCUGUAUUGUAAAAUAUGUUGUGCAAGGGGCCACGUUCUGUUCAGAAUGUAAAGGGUGUUUUAAGGAUGUUAUAUGACCAUCAACAUAUUUAUUGUAAAUACAACAUGAGGUGUCACCUUAUUUAAAGUGCAUUGGUUCCUGUAUGAUUACUGUGUAUAUACAUUUGACUGUCUGAAUGUUGUUUUUUUUGCAUUAAGUAGCAAAAGGCAUUGCAUUGGGGUUCAAUCUGCCAGCAAAUACACAGCCGUGUAUUUGUUAGUGAGAAAACAGCCUUCCCAAUUCAGUUUGAUGUCAAAAUAUAGAUGUAUUGGAGCUAUUUUUAUGCGGCCACAGGAUUCGCUUUGCUAUUAUAGUUUAAUGACAUUUUACAACUCCACAUACCAGAAAUGUUUGUAUUUUAAAGUGGUCAUAGUUGAUGUAGCUGAAUGCACUUUGUACCUCUGCUCACAAUUUUAACCCAUAAAGUUUUG